AUGUCGUCAUCGACACCGCCACCCACGGUCGAUGCGCCUGACGAGCAGCAGAGCGAUACCUCCAAGUUGCGAACGUUUCUGGGUAUCUUGAAGAAAUUCAUCGGCGUUUCGGACCUUGCAGCAGUUAGAUUCUCGCUGCCGUCGCAGUUGCUCGAGCCCACCCCGAACCUGGAAUACUGGACCUACAUCGAUGCCCCUAAUGCCUUCGUUGCCAUGGGCACCUCCGACGAGCCUCUUGAUCGCAUGCUCGAGGUCGUGCGUUUCUGGUUGACCAAGGAUCUGAAGUACGCCAAGGGAAGGCCAUGCAAGCCUUACAACUCAUGUCUUGGUGAAUUCUUUAGGUGCAAUUGGGAAACUGAAGACAACGCCCCGAAAAUCGACACAUCCAACCUCAAACAAGAGAAAGGCAACACCAAGGGCGGACUUUCUGCCUUGAAGGCAUCAGCUAAGAGCAGCAAGAACAACUCAAACCUCUCGCUUUCUGUGCCUCAACAUGGCACCACGACGGAGGAGAAGCUCGUCCGUGUUUCGUAUCUCACCGAACAGACAUCGCAUCACCCUCCUGUGAGCGCUUUCAACGUCACCUGCCCCGAGAAGGGCAUCACUGCCCGAGGCUUUGACCAGAUCACCGCCAAGUUCACAGGUACCUCUGUCAAGGUCCUCCCUGGUGAACACAACAUGGGUAUCUUUAUCACCCUCGAGAAGCGCGAUGGUGAGACCUACCAGCUUACCCACCCUGCGGCGCAUUUGGGUGGCCUGCUCCGUGGGGCUUUGAGCGUCUCAGUCAGCGAGUUCGCUUACAUCACUUGCCCCAAGACCAAGAUCAAGGCUAUUCUGCACUAUGUGGAGGAAGGUUGGCUGGGACGCACAACCAACAAGAUCGACGGCGUCAUCUUCAAGUACGACCCCGAGAACGAUGACAAGUCACGAGUACAGGAUGUUCCCGAAGAGGAUGUUCUCGCUCGCCUGAGUGGGCCAUGGAAAGAAAGGGUCGUUUUCACUCUCGGCCCCAGACCUGUUAAAUCCGUCCCUGUCGAGGAGCAGUUUGUCAUUAUUGAUAUUGCACCCCUUAACGUUGCACCAAAGAUCGUUCCUCCCAAAGAGAAGCAGCUACCCAACGAGUCCUUGACCCUUUGGGGUGGCGUCACAGAUGCUAUCCACGCCAAACAAUUCGGCAAGGCCACGCAGGUAAAGGUCGAGCUGGAAGAAGCUCAACGCGAGAAGGCUCGCCAACGUGAGGCCAACAAGGAGACAUGGCAACCUGUGUUCUUCAAGCAUGUCACGGGUAACGACGGCAAGCCCGACCUGACUGACAAAGGUCGGGAGGUCCUCGACAGAGCCCAGAAGGGUGAGUGGUCGCUCGAGGGCGUUAUGUAA